UUAAAAGCAGGAAAAAAAUAAAGGUCGAGGAAAAAUUUAGAAAAGUUUCAAAAAUAUUGAAAAGAAAUAAAAGGAAUAGAAGUGAAACAUGGGUAAUAAAACGGAGAUGUUUAUUACUGACAUUUCUACCCUCACGUCAAAAAUUUAGACAAUGACAACUUUUCACAUCUUAACAAAAUUUUCCCGACAGUUUUGUUCCCAACGUCCUCAAAAACACGUCCAAGUAUGCAUCCUUGGUGCCGACACACUUUUAGGUCAAUCUCUUGCUUUUCUCAUCAAACAAAACCCUGCAAUUUCUGGCCUACACCUCCAAGGAACCUCAAAAGUAGAAUCAAUGUCUCUAGACUUGAAUCACUUUGACACCAGAUGCAAAGUUCAUUCUUAUUACGAUAUGGAUAGUGUCAGCAAAUCCGUCAAGUGUGCCGACAUUGUGGUCAUGCUGGGUCUCAACACCAGCACCAGCAAAAUGUCCAUACCAAAACUGGUCAUGGCCGAAGGCGUCCGAGUGGCCAAACUGGCUGAAACCUGCGCCAAAUACGCCCCAAGAGCCGUCAUCCUUGUUGCAGUAACUCCCAUUUCGGUCACUUUGCCCAUAGUUGCUGAAGUGUACAAACAAUCCGACUGGUACCAUCCUGGUAGACUUCUGGGUUCUGCUGCUUUGGCUGAAGUGAAAGCUAAUGCAAUUGCUGGACAUUACCAGAAUUUGGAUCCCCAAAUGGUCCACGUGCCUAUCAUAGGAGGACCAGAUUUGGACUGUGCUAUUCCUCUUUUUUCGCAAACGCAACCCGUGGGAAUGGCGCAAAAAGAUGCAGAUAAGUUGAUGGAAGAAUUUAGAAAGGAAAUUCCGCAACCCACAACGAGUCACGCAGUGGGGCUCAACAGGAUGAUCACAGGGAUUGCGACGGGGAUUAAUGGAGAUUAUAAUGCCAAUGUUUUGGCGUUUGUUCGAACAAACAUCAUCAAAACAUGUCGAUAUUUAGUGUGCAUCGUAAAAAUGGGAAAAAUGGGCAUUUUGCACAAUUACGGUCUGCAGAAACUGCGCAGAAAUGAAUUGAUUACAUUCGAAGAAACGUGCUUACAACUCAAAGCACGGGAAGAAAUGGCUUCAGAUCUAGUAAAUCGUCAAGAUAAAUGUGCCCUUCCUGCAUUCAUGAUCCGAGAGAUAGAAAGGGAAAAAAUCGAAAAACUUGGGAUCAUACGAUAAUAACUGUGUAAUGGCGUCAAUAAAUUCAACUGAAAUUUUACUUUUA